UAUGUAAUUUCAACUGCCGGACAUUCAACAUGAAAAAACAAAAUAAACCUGUAGUGCAUGUUGGCAACAUUCUACUCUGCUCUGUCUUUUUUCUACCUCUCUCAAAAGUGUUCAGUUCCUUUAAAAGAUUCAGGACAUAUUCAUUGUAAAAACAUUUCUGUGGCACUAUCAUCCGCCUGCCCGCCCAACCACCCCCACACCCAGCCGUCUCCCUCGUGUCAAUAUCUCCCUCCAUUGUGUAAUAUUUGUUCAUCGACAAGGUUCUGUUCUGUUUCAAGCCAGAUGAUGUCGGUGAACAUGGUGUCUAACAUCAGUCCAGUAGGGGGAGUAAGAGAGACACAUUCUGCCACAGUGGGAGGGAGUAAACCCCUGCACCGCUUCAUAAGAGGGGAGCCGAAGAUUAUUGGGAUUGUAAUGCUGUUCAUGGGCUCAUCACUCUUCCUCUUGGCGAUUCCCAUGAGAAUGGAUCCACUGGAGUCCUCUGCGGAGAAUUUCACCUCUUUUUGGCUAGGAAUCCUUUUCAUCAUCUGUGGGCUGUUAUACGUGUUCACAGAGAAGAAUACUUCAAAACAAUUGGUGACAGCAAGCCUGGCCCUUAGUAUCAUCUCUAUAUUGGGGGUCACAGUGGCUUUCUUUGAAUUCCUUAAAGGCAUCCUGAACAUGCAGUAUUACCAUUACCGCUAUUAUUAUUCCUACGAUGAUGACAUCACAAACUCUACCGGAGUUGAUGUCCCCUGGCGUAAACAUCAUACGGGCCAGUUGCUCAGCCUUGAGGCUGUAUUCAUGUAUCAGAGCUUAGUGGGAAUGGUGUUCCUAAUAAUGAUGACAGCAUUUGCCAGGGCUGCCUUGCAGUCCAGUAAGACACAGGCAAUUGUGGUAAUGAACAAUCUACCAUCAGCAGACUGAAUGAAGAAAAAGCAAGCCUUUUAUGACUGUCUCUGCCAUGAUGGAUGGAUAGAAAACUUGCAUUUAUUGAUAUAAAAUAAAUGUAUUCAAUGUGUAGAACAUUUUAUUAAAUCCGCAUAUAGAAAUUGUCUUUGUAUACACUUUACUUUGAAAUAAAUGUAAUAAAAUAACAUCCAUGUAAUACAAUAAACAAUUAACAUGAUCAUUA